AUGGUUCGAACAAUCCAGUGCACCCCUCAUGCCGGCCUCCCAAAGGUUUGGCUUGGUUUUGGAGAGAUUGGAGACCGCCAGACCGAACUCCAAGUGAAGCAGGACGAAUAUUUCGAGACUAUUACCCCUGAUAUCAGAUUCGUACACCGCGAUGACCGAGUAAGUUACUGGGAUCUACACCGUGACGUCUUAUUCAGGCAAGCCAAAUGGUUCCCUUUCAAGUACCAAGACCAAAACAUUAGUGAAUUUUUACUGCCGUCUAUUGUGCGUCUAGAGCAGGUCCCCAAGCUUCGGCAUUUCCUCUACACUGGUGAUUACUCAGUCCAGAAAGAGGAUCUCCGCCAUUAUAGCGUGCAAGAGGACCCCCGGGCGUGUUUGAACUGUCCCCAGCUGGCUAAGUUGCUGUCUAUCCAUUUGGAUAUGCUCCGCACUGCGGGUUUCCUUGGAAUGGAAGACCUUCAGGCCUUGGCCUUUGUUAGAUUCCGAACCCUGCUCGAUGCUGCUCCUGUCAGUGUCCUACGCCAUGCUAUUCGCCAGGUGUAUAACCAAGAUCGCAUGUGUUCUGUCACACACCAUUCCAAUGGCUAUCCCAUGUUGGCAAUGAACAGCUGUGACUACCGUCCUCAGUUGGUGCUUCCUGCUGUUCUCCGUUGGUGCGGAUACUACCGACUGCACCCUGAGUGGACUUCAGUAAAGGGUCGCCCUAAGCAUUACGGUGAACAGCAAUUCACUCAAUUGCGCCAGAGGCUCCGUGAGUUUGAUGUUCAUCUGACUCGAGGGCUGUUUCUGGAUACCAUUGACAUGAAAGUUCCAAUGGUGUUCUUAGGCUGUGAUUCUCGAGCUGUUAGAUGUGUUGAUUUGACUGAUCGACCUGAAAUUCUGUCAAUGAAGUCGAACACGCGCCGAGCAAACUACCAGUACUCCACGUUCUUGCAGCCACUGCCUUUCGAAAGCCCCAAGGAUGAGCAGGAGUUGGUCGAGUCUGAUUCAGAGAUGCCUGACUCACCCGAGGAUAUCCAGGAGGUGAUUCCUACAGCUCUCCCUCGAGGACAGAAGCGCCAGCACUCUGUCGAUUCUAACCGUCGCCAGACUAGGUCAAUGACUAACACAAGGUUAGCGCUUGCAACUAACACAUGGUCGCCAAUUGCAAAGAGGCAGCGAAAGGCUGCAAAGAACGUAGUGCGAUUUCCUGUGGAUGAGCAUUACACUCCGGCUCAGGCUACUCCUUUCGUCGCUCUGACGGAUAUGAAUGAUCUCAGCUCUGCGACAACACUAAGGACAUAUCAGUUUAACUUUUCUGCCCCUGUUGUUUCUGAUAGUAUCUUGACUCAUGUGCAAACCCUUGAAGAGCUCAGCGCUAAUGCUGAUCAGCAGAAACCCAGUGCAUCUAUCGAUCUAGAGAAGAUUAACUGGGAGGAGUAUAUGGACGCUCCUCUCACAUUGGCUGAAAUGAGUGAGUUUGACCUAGCACUGAUAAGCGAAGGCUUGCAAACUACUGAGACCCAGACACCCAGCGUUCCUGCUAAUGAUUUUGAUAUCGAGCUGCAGAAUCUUACCAGCGACCCAAUCAAAGCCAAUUACGGCUUGGAUAGUUUGUUCAAUAGCCCAACUGGAGCAACCCCAGCUGCAGUAACCGACUCGGACUCGUCGUUUAACGACACCGAGGCCAUGGUGCUCGAAGGUAUGGAGUCCAGCCAAUCCAUUGGAACGGAUAUAACUGUUUCAGCCCAACAGACCAUUGAAGCGACACAGUCUCCUCAGGCUCAUAACUCUGCUCUGUUUGAUACUUCCACCUCCUCCGUGAACACCCUCCUAAAUGGAAUCGCUGACCUUGAAGCCCAGGUAUUUGACACAACCAUUACAGACUCUCAAGACGUAGACUUGCAUGAAUGGCUGAACCCAGAAAUUCUGGCUGAGCCAGAAGCUAACACUUCAGCUGAUCUAGCUAUCCCCGGGGUUGACUUCACCAAUUUCCCCUUCCUCAAACAACAAGUUGCCUCAGAGUGGAAAAGCACCGACGAAGUCACCAUCUUUCGCGUCGAAGCCUCGGAACCCGAGAAAAUCCCCUACAAAUAUGAGGGAGAUCUCAAUAGGCCGACUGGACCAGGAGCACCAAACAGUCCCCAGGCUUUGAUGACUUCGAGCAAGAGUCUGGGACAACACAACUGGAAACGGACUGGUAUUUGUCCCGGCAGGCAUGACUCGCCAGGAAUAUGCUGUCGACCUUCUGGGUCGGAUCCUUGA